AAAAAAAAAAAACUCUUGAAUGAUAAAUACAGUGAGAAAAACGGAGGAUUUCGUUUGGAGUGCUUAAUUGCGCAGUUCACAGCGCUACUCUUGGCCUUCGCUGGGAACCAACGCUCCUGCCAUUCGAAAAUUCAGGUUCACUACUAUUUUGUUUGUGGUCGAAUGUAACGGGUAGAAAUUGCAUUCAACAUUGUUUUCCAACCAGGUUUUCGAAGGGAUAAAGGCAGCUUAGAAGUGGAGGAUUUGUUUCGAAAAUGGAGUCCCUUUGGAAGCUUGUUUAUUUGCUCGAACCAUCUUCACUCACUCUCGUUGCGACUGCGAUUGCAGUGUCGUACGCCUCUGCUUCUCGAGCUCUAAACUACGGAAAAGAAAUGGAGCGUAAUCGCGACCUUUCAGAAGCUUCGAUUACCUUAGACAGAUCACAGGCAUUGAUGAUCCCCGUAAUGAGCUCCUGUAGCUUGCUUCUAAUGUUCUAUUUGUUCUCGUCCGUCUCUCAGCUCCUCACAGCUUUUACGGCGGUUGCCUCAGCAUCAGCUCUGUAUUUUUGCCUAUCGCCACAUAUUGCUUACAUCAAGUCGCAAUUGGGCUUAUCAGAUCCUUAUAUUUCGCGGUGCUGUUCAAAGUCGUUCACACGAUUUCAAGCUCUGCUGCUGGCCCUUUGCAUCGGUUUAGUGGUGGCGUGGCUUAUUUCAGGUCACUGGAUAUUAAAUAACAUCUUGGGGAUCUCUCUUUGCGUAGCUUUUGUUAGUCAUGUUCGAUUGCCGAAUAUCAAGAUAUGCGCCAUGCUACUUUUCUGCCUGUUUGUCUACGAUAUAUUCUGGGUUUUCUACUCGGAAAGAUUGUUUGGAGAGAAUGUUAUGGUGUCGGUCGCAAGACAGCAGGCUUCGAAUCCAGUACACACUGUUGCUGAUAGUUUGAGUCUUCCCGGUCUGCAGUUGAUAACAAAGAAACUUGAGCUCCCGGUGAAAAUUGUCUUCCCGAGGAAUAUGUUAGGCGGUGCAGUACCUGGGAAUAGCGCUUCGUACUACAUGAUGCUCGGUCUUGGCGACAUGGCUAUUCCUUCGAUGCUGCUGGCACUGGUUCUCUCCUUCGAUCACAAAAAAAGUCGGGACUCUCCAGCCCCCUCGUCCGAUUCACAAUCUUCAAAAGGGUUCAAGUACUUCUGGCCCGCCCUCUCCGGAUAUGCCGUCGGAUUAAUCACAGCCUUGGCAGCAGGCAUCUUGACACGCUCUCCCCAGCCAGCACUUCUGUAUCUGGUGCCGUGUACUUUAGGGCCCGUCGUCGUCCUCUCGUGGACGAAGAAUGAGCUGAAAGAGCUGUGGGAAGGAAGUUCUACUACGAUUAUAAGUGAGAAAACACAUCUUACAGAUGUGUGAGCUCUUUUGUUUCAUCCAUGGCGGAAUUUCGGACACUUGUUUUAGAGAUAUUGUAAAAAUUUCUGCUGGAUGAUCUUGAUCUCUAUCUGCUCUCCCACCUGGAAAAAACCCACAAAUUUAUUUCAAUGAUAAAAAGGAAACUUCUAUUUUUA